CGUAUUCGGUUGUCUACAGUUAGAUAGUCGCAGACCUUGCCGUCGGAAUGUACUCGCUGCUUGUGGUGGUGGUGUUGUCGUUGGUGACGUACCAUGUCGAGUGUAAAUACCACGUUCAACGUAUUGAGUGUAUUCGCGUGACUGAAUGUCCAAUUUAUGAUAAACUACUUCAAUCACGUCCGAGUCACAGUGAGUAUGAUGCCGUACGUGCUGCGCAUUGUGGGUUUGACCAUAUGAUUGAGAAGGUGUGGUGUCCUAUUACUGUGGAGUUACCUAAUGAUGAAACAUCCGAGAUUGAAACUAGAGAUGCUUCUAAUCAUCAUGAAUUAUUAUCUAAACAAAAAUUAUUCCCGAAUGCCACUGAAUGUGACACUGGAAUUGAACGAAGAUUAUAUGGAGGUGUUGUUACUAAUAUAGAUGAAUAUCCAUGGACUGCAUUACUUUAUUACCGGAAAGGAAACACAUGGGUUUCCAAAUGUGGUGGUAGCUUGAUAAGUAAGAGGUAUGUCCUUACAGCAGCACAUUGCAUAUUGAAGAGUUUGGAUUAUGUAGUGCUUGGAGAGUAUGAUACUAGGAAUGAUACAGAUUGUGAGUAUUAUGAUGAGAAGCACAUAGAAUGUGCUCCGAAACCUUUGAAGAUAAAAAUUGAGAAAAUAAGUUUACCAAGUGAAUGGCACGCGGCAAAUCGAGAGGAUGAUAUUGCUCUCUUGAGAUUAGACCGGGAUGUAGAAUUUAAUGAUUAUGUGGCGCCUAUUUGUCUUCCACCAAAAAAUAUGAAAGAUUUAGAAGUUGGUACUAAGGUUGUUGUUACCGGAUGGGGUCGAACUGAAGAAGAAUCAGAAUCUCCUUUGAAGAGAGAUGUUUUUUUACCAAUUGUAAGCAGAGAUAAUUGUUCUAUCGCCCAAGGAAAGAAAAUAACCAACAAAAUGAUCUGUGCUGGUGGUGUACCAGGAAAAGAUGCAUGUUUCGGCGAUUCAGGAGGUCCUUUGUUUUAUCUUGACAUACAAGCUGAACAUUGGAAAUUGGUGGGUGUUGUGAGUUGGUCUUUGAAGAACGGCUGUGGUAACGCUGGUAUACCAGGUGUUUACACAUGGGUACCACCUUAUAUCGACUGGAUUUAUAAAACCGUAUACUUAACUAGCGGGCUCUGUCGCAAAAUGUGUUGUAGUUUCAUUUUGGUCUUGCUGUUUGCUACAUGCCUAGAAAGUGUAGUAUCAAGUGAUGAAGAUUUUCCUUUUCCAAAAAAAUGUGGAAUACAAGCGUUUGAAGAUAAAAUAAUCCAUGGGGAUUUAGCUAAGAUUGAUGAGUAUCCAUGGAUGGCCCUGUUGAAAUUCCAAACUGAAGGUGGGGCUGGUUAUGGCUGUGGUGGUGCGUUAAUUAAUAAGAGAUAUGUUUUAACUGCUGCGCAUUGUGUUGUUGGGAAGUUUGGUGCACCUGUUGAGGUUACACUUGGUGAGACCGAUGUAGAUUCAAAAAUUGACUGUGAGCCAAAACCAAAAACCCCUGUAUGUGCGGAUCCUCCACAAUUCAUAGCAAUUGAAGAAGUUAUAAAACACCCUGAUUAUGUCAAGGAUUCUCCUCAAAAACUUCAUGAUAUUGCUUUGAUACGCUUAAAAUCAGAACCAACAUUUAGUGAUUUUGUUAAACCAAUUUGUGUCCCCAAUGAAAACAUCCAAAAAGACAUCUUCAAAUCAGCUAACAAGUUGGAUAUCGCCGGUUGGGGCCGUACCAAACACAACCCACUAAACAAAGUCAAAAGGAAAGCCGUGGUACCACGAAUAGAAAACGAAAUUUGUUCCCAAAAUCGAACAUAUAAAAUCGCCGAAUCUCAAAUAUGCGCUGGUGGAGGAUUACAGGAUACCUGCUCAGGUGAUUCCGGUGGACCCUUAAUGGGUCUACACUCUGAGGAAGAUGAUCUUAUCUAUUAUGCAACUGGGAUUAUCUCAUUUGGAAGUAAGAUGUGCGGCGCUGGUAUCCCGUCAGUUUAUACCAACGUCGCAACGUAUUACGAUUGGAUCGUAAAAAAUAUCAAACCCUAACUUGGGCAUUCUAACCUCUAAAAUCUAGUGUAACUGGAUAUGUGAAUGAGAACAAUCGGAGAACAGAAUAAAGUGUAAUAUUUUA